AUGCCAUCUCUUUCCACCACCUUCAUCUCUCAAUUGCCUUCCUCAUGCGCACAGACGCCGCGUCCUUCCGCUGCAACUGUCGGCCUGUCGAACCCUACCCACUCGUCUGCGGCCCUACUCGUGUCAUUCCUCCUCAACCUCUCCAGCGCCGCCGAAUCCGACCGAGUCUCCGGUGAGCUGUAUGUCGUCUACGCCUGGACGAGCUAUAGGGUACGGCGCGCAGCCACUACGAGCGGCUGCCGAUCAGAGUGGUACCCAUUGACGGUGGAGGAAGAGAGGAAACCAUCGCUUCUGUGGAGGCGUAUUUCGAGGUGA